AUGGAAACUAAACGUCGAAAACUGGAUGAUAAUUUUUUGAACCCGAUUGUAAAAGAAAACCGUUUUUUGCGAUGUAAAUUCGAACUUGAUGGAAGUACUCAAUUGAGCGAAGAACUACUAAUUGAUGAUUUGAAAUGGAAGAUUGCAAUUUCGCCAACUCCAAAUAACACUAUCGAAAUGUUUUUAUUCUUUCUUGCACCUUUGGACAAUAGAGAACGAUAUGUUUGUGAAGUUAACGCAAGUGGAAGCAUUCUGCGGUUGCAAAAUACUGGAAAUUCGACCAAGCCACGUGUCACUUUUGAUAGUCGAAUCAGAACUUUUGAUUAUGAUAGCAAUAACUAUCAUAAUUUGCUAAAUUCCCAAACAAAACCACGUAUUUAUCCCUACAUGUCAUGCAAUCUUACCGAUCUUUUAAGAUCUGAUUAUGUUCGAGGAACAACAAUUCAUAUACAGUUUAAGUUAAAGAAAAUAAAGUUUUUCGAUUUUUCAAGAAAAAUCGAUAAUUAUUCUGAUAUCGUUUUGCGAGCUGGUGACGUUGAUUUUUAUUUCAAUAAGGGAGUGAGUUUUUUGUACAUUCUAUUAUGAAGCCGUAUUUUUUGCAGUUACUGUGCAGUGGCUCCAAAUAUUUUUUCAAUAAACUUCAAGCGGGAAUCCUGCAAGAUCCAGUCAUAAAUCUCGAUGAAUUCAAUCUUUCAUACGGAAAAAUCGCGCUAUUUCUAGCGGCAAUGCAUAAUUAUUCGAUAGCUGUGACGGCAUUCAACGCGUCGUCAUUUCUUAAAAUUUUUUAUAUUUUCGAUUGUCCUGGGCUAAAAUUUAGAUGUGAAGAAUUGUUGAAAUCGCGCAAUUUGAAAAUAACGGUUUCGUUGUUGAAAAAUAUUGAGGAUUAUGAAAUGGAAAAUUGGAUGGUUUAGUUUGAUAUAUUAUUGAUCUACAAAUAAUUAUUUUCAGGUCGACAUGCUGCAAAAAACUGACCUCCAAACAUUGAGUGCAGUCGCCAAAUUGCCCAAAUUCAAAACACUUUUAAAGAUCACCCAAAAACGUGUACUUAUGCAUAUUUGUUCGCUUAUCCGUUGA